CAAAGCUCGCUGCGUAGACGGCUGGUGACCAGGAAGAAGAACGCCGCUUUAGGCUUAGGGAGGAAACGGGCUCUAUCUACCUGGACGCCUCCUCCCCCUUCUCCUAACUCCCAGAGGUCCAGAGGAGCCCUGGGCUGAGGCCCUGAUGGUGCCCGAGGGCUGAAGCCUCUCCGGUUCUUUCCUGCUGCUCUUUCGGUGCUCGAGCGGUGACUGGGCAUUCUGGCGGAAGGCGAGAAAGGGAUGGUCACUCCCUGAGGCGAGCGGACGAGAGGCUAAGCAGCUUAGGUCGGGUAAGGAGCUGGCAUGAGCUUCCAGUAUCGAGUUGCUGCUGCCCGGGAAAGGCCGAGGGAGAGCCGCCGCUGUCGCCUGGAGGUGCCGUUGUGUUUCUGAGAAGGAGGAGGCCCCCCACUUCCCUUUGGGGAAGAUGGGAAAUUGCUUGAAAUCGCCCACUUCGGAUGAUAUUUCCCUGCUGCACGAGUCCCAAUCGGACAGGGCCAGCUACGGGGAUGGGACUGAACCGGAUCAGGAGCCGCCGCCGCCAUAUCAGAAAGCAAGUUUCACAAGCCUAUUUCUAUACACUUUGCAUUUUUUCCAUCUUGUUUCCCUUUUUUUUUCUAGGUGUGUCAUCUGUAUGAUGGACUUUGUUUAUGGAGAUCCUAUCAGAUUCCUGCCCUGCAUGCAUAUUUACCAUCUGGACUGUAUAGAUGACUGGUUGAUGAGAUCUUUCACAUGUCCUUCCUGUAUGGAGCCCGUUGAUGCCGCAUUAUUGUCCUCGUAUGAGACUAACUGAGCUAGAGUGUCUCUUCUGACUGUCAAGAAAACAUCAUUUUUAAUGGAUUAUACCUAUCAUUCUACCCAAAGAACCAGAGAUUAGUAAACAAAAUCAUGCACACAAAAGUUCAUUUCCUUAAAAGUGGUAAGACAAUAAUUUCCGACUAGCUGCAGGUAAUUGGUAAAGAGAGGAAAGAAGAGACAUCUUUUAGGGAAUAUAGACACAUAGGAUGCUAUUUUUAUGUAAAGCCUUGAUCCAGUACUUAAAAAUAGUUACUCUUCAUGAAAGCCUGCUAGCACCCUGACCCAGAUGAAUUGAGUGGAGGGUAAUAGUAGAUGCUUAAUAUUAAAUUGUAUGGACUGAAAUUAGCAAGCAAUUCUAUUCAAGCAUCACUGACUCACACAAGAGUACUGCCAUGGGAAAAUGUACUUGGAGAGCAGAAGCAGUGUGACAUAUACAUGUGUACUUAAAGAACGAGAAAGAGGUACCAAAACAUCCUUUUUCCUUAAAAAAAGGGGGGGGCACGUCUGCUCAGAUUGCUCACAGGUUUCUGGAAUUUGGGUCAAUGUUUUAAUUACAGGAAAAAAAUAUCCUACAUUUUUAUAACACUGGCACAAAGAUAGUUUUAAGCUUGUUUGCACAAUUCUUUUUUUAUCCAUUGGAAAUGGAAUCCAUUUUGCCUUAGGUCUUUUUAAAUAGCAUAUUCUUAUGUUUGGGCUGGCUCUAUGCUUGAAAAUCAGUUUAUUUAUAACCUGUUGUAUAAGUGCUACAUGUUGUUUGCAGUUAGGAUUAUGUGGACUUCAAAAAGAUGUCCUAGCUUAUAAGCAAAUGUGAGAUGCACUAUCUCUUUUGUGUAUGUGACAUUCUGAUGUUGAAGUGUUAAAAAUCAGAAAACAGAUCAGUGUUUUACCUCUCUGGACUUUACUUUCCCUGCCUCUUUUUUUUUUUCUUAAAGUUUGCUGGAUUCAGACACCAAGAUUAAUGUUUCCUGGCAGGUAAAGACAAAGAAUGGUGAACAUGUAAGCAUGAUAAAAGAUCACCCAUAUCACAGAAUUUGUUUAAAUGCCUUUCUUAUAGCAAGUAUUACAUGAAACCAUAUAAAAAGGAUACUGCAUCUCUCAUUCUUGUAGUUCUUAGAUUUGAAAAACCAGACUGUGUCUCAGUCUAUGUAAUCAAUGUACGGUAUCUUGUAUUUUGUUGGCUGGCAAAGCAGUCUGUCAAGCAGAUGUUAAAUAAUCUAUGUUUUGUACAAAAAUGCAAAAAUUUUAUUUGGCACAGAAUUACAUAGGACUGAUCAAGUGGGUGAACUGUAGCUGGGAAGGGCUGUUUCAAGUAUUUGUAGGUCUGAAAUCAGCAAAAGAUGUGCUUGCAGAGAAAGUCAUGCAAAGAAAGUGUAGUUAUAAAAACAGCUGUCAAUUUAGCAUGUGGGGCUUUGUCCUAUUAUGUGUUCUUUAAUGUAAUUUUAUACAUUUGACUUAAAAGACAAUUCUUUUAAUUUAGCAUGAGAUACAGGCUCCAGUUAAUAGCACUGUAUUAUGAGGACUGGCCUUGUUUUAACACAUGGUUUUAAAAACUGUAUUUAAACAGCUACACUGAAGACCAUAAGCUUAAGAGUAUAGAGUAAUUAGAUGUCAAAUAAUUUCUACAAGGCUAGUAGUAUGCAAACAUCUGAAAUGUGGCUUAUUUCUUAUUCUACAGAACCUUUCAUUCAGAUGCUUCAGUCCGUAUCCAAAGUGCACACUUGUUUAUUCAUACAGCUCCUAUGCAAGCAGAUUUUCCCUCCAAAUGAUUGUGAGUAAGGCAUACAGAGCAUAAUCAGAGUUAGCCUUACAAAAUGGUGUGUGUGUGGGGGGGGAACAGGCUGGGAAAGAGCUCCAUAUUUGCCUCAGCACCCUUGUACCUGGCUAAAUAGCUCAACUGCAAUUCUACAUCAGAUACAGAUUGUUACACUAUAACUGGUGCAUUGAAAAAAGAAGUUUGAAGCAAGUACCAUGUUAGAUUAAUUUACAUUUAACAGGAAACUUUUUAGUGCAACCCCCUUCAACUGUUCUUAAUUCCUAGAAGAGAGAUAAAAGGAAGUUGUGCAAUAUUUUCAGAGUAAAUCAUACUACCUUGUCAUUCCAUAUUUUUUCCAUAAAUGUUAAUGUCUAUCUUGUUAAGUAUUAACAAGAUUAAGAAUUUGUUUCUUUUACCUUGGAUGUUAAAUUGGCAAAUGAACCAUUUUUAAACA